AUGACUUUCAAAGUUUUUGAAAAGAUAAGAAUUAUGUCGCGAUACCGAGAAUGGGAUCUAUCGUGCAAAGUGUAUGUUGGAAACUUGGGUACAAAUGCAUCUAAAUAUGAAAUAGAAAAGGUGUUCUCAAAAUACGGCAGCAUACGAAACGUAUGGGUUGCGCGAAAUCCGCCGGGUUUCGCUUUUGUUGAAUUUGAGGAUCCACGAGAUGCUGAAGAUUCAGUCAGAGGAUUAGAUGGAACGAGAUGCUGUGGCACCAGAAUCCGUGUAGAGAUGUCAAGUGGUAGAACAAGACGAGACCGUCGAACACGCAGUCGCAGUCCACGUCGUCGAUCCUACUCGCGAGGGCGUUCCGUCUCACCGCGUCGGUCACCCUCCGUCCGCCGCCGCUCACCGUCAAUUCGUCGUUCGCGAUCGCGCGACCGCCGCAGUCGUUCCGAUAGCAAGAGCAGGUAUAAUAGCCCCUACCGCCGGUCGGCCUCGCCGAGACGCUCCCCCGAACGAAGCAGAUCGAACAGCAGAAAUAGAUACUGA